CGGCCCCGGAGCGGGGCGCGCCGAGACCGCGGGCCGCUCCCCAGUCUGGCUCGUCCCCCGGAGUCCAGCUCUCGGUGCCAAGAUGACGGCGAGCAAGCGGGUGGCGAAGGAGCUGGAGGAACUCCAGAAGCAGCUGCCCCGGUACCUGCGGAACCUGCGCAGCGAGGACGACGACGUGCUGGUGUGGCACGCGCUCCUGCUGCCGGAGAGGCCACCCUACAACCUCAAGGCCUUCAGCGUGUGCAUCAGUUUCCCCAGGGAGUACCCGUUCCAACCCCCGACAGUGAAAUUCACCACCAGGAUCUACCACCCCAACGUGGACAGGGACGGGAGGGUGUGCCUGCCCAUCAUCAGCAAGAAGAACUGGAAAGCCAGCACCAGGAUCUGCCAAGUCUUGGAGGCCCUCAACGUGCUGGUGAAUCAACCGGAGCCAGGAGAGCCCGUUCGGCUAGAGCUCGCGGAGCAGCUGACACAGGACCCAGAGCUGUUUGACCGGACGGCCCAAGAGUUCACCCUACAGUUUGGAGUGGACCGGCCCUCCUAACCUGGCUUCUGACCCGGCUGCUUUCUGUGUGACGGAUGGAGGAUGCCCCUCGUGGACACGGUGGCGAGGGGGAGCCAGAGCCCCUUGGCGAUUUUGCACCUGCUCGUGUCUUCCAAGAUUUCCUUCUUAGGUUCUGUGUGUGUGUGUGUGUGUGUGUGUGUGUGUGUGUAGCGGGUGUGUACUGCUGUUAUGAGUGUGGACCCACUGGCCACAGAUAUGCUUUCCCCAGCCCCUUUCUCUGCCCCGGAGCCAGAGGCAUUUACGUUUGCAGACUCGAAAUCCAGCUCUCCAGUGCUCUGGGAUGGGGGCUCCUGGUCCCACCGACUGGCCCAUCUUAGAGACUCAGCCACCUUCCCAGCCGGCUGAGCAGCCAACCCGAAUCCCCGCCCCCCAUAGGGCCCUGCUUGCGGGGGAGGAGGUGGGGAGCGGGGACAGCAGGUCAGGUGGAAUGACGAGGAGGGGUCAGGGGGAGGAGGGCCUCUUACAAAGUGCUCUGGGGAUGGGGCGGUUUAAUCAUAGACAGGUAUAGAUUUAGGUGCAAAACCUUUCCAUUUCCACUAAUGACUCAUAAAGUGAAGAAUCUCCUCUCCACCCCAGAAAUCUGACUGUGUGGACUUUAGCUUUCUUUUUAAAGAUUUACUUCUGUA